GCACGUUGGGCCGCGGCUUGUGUGUGGGUGCGGGCGAGUGCGCGCAUUCUCCUCGUGGCGGGUCGACGUAUACGUGCGCGUAGUCGGAGUCGGAGUAAUACGGGCUCUCUACAUGGCGUAGCGCAGUGCCGGAUACGCGCACCGAGUCGCGGAUGUACGCGGGUUUAAAGUACGAGUCAUACGAAGCACGCGCGCGCACGCACGCACUCACCGCGCUCUCACAUGGGCUCGUGCAUGAGCUCUGUCGCGUGAGCGCGAGCGCGAGCGCGAGCGCGGUCACAGUGCAGUGCGAGUGCGCGUGUAGUCGUCCGCAUGCACGCGUCGCGCUCGCGUACGCGCGCAGUGACAGUACGCGAGCUCUCGCUCUGUGUACCUCGCGCUCCGUUUCUACCCGCAACGUGCCGAAUCGGAAGUGCGCUGAUCCUGCCGGUCCUCUCCCGGCAUAAUCGGGCUUCGAGUCGCGAGUGAGUGUUUCGUGAGCGGUCGGUGCUUGCGGACGACGACGGAAAGCCGUGCGCGUUCGCACGCAGUGCGGAGAUAACCUGCGGUGACGCGCAGGUCCUUGCGGCCACGGCCGGCCGGACGGACGGACGGACGGUCCUCGGCGAGAAAUUCACGGCUCGUCGAUAAGGACCCGGCGUGAGCGAUUCGACGAGCGUUGCCUCGCUCGCCGAGGUCGCGCGCUCGUCGCGCGAUGUGACAGUGACAAUGGAACGACGGCUGCCGAACAAUGCGUCAUUAUGCGCUCUACUUAGACGCGGCGAAUAAUAAUUGAGCUAAUCACACACGCGCGUAGGAGCGCGCGCCGCUCUCCGCCGGCGAGGAUGGGCGAAUUCGUGAAAUAGCGAGAGCGGACCUCGGAGACAGAGAGAGAGAGAGAGAGAGAGGGAGAGAGAGAGGCAAGCGUGCGCACUCACGCACACACUCGCGCACGCAAGAGCGCGGCGUUUUGCAGCUGCAGCUGCAGCGCAAGGGGAAAAAAUGUCGUGGGCCAACGUGGCCAGUGUCGCUCAACUGGCGCUCUCGCUAGCUCUGAUCCUGAGGUUCCUCGCCGCGACCGCGGACCCGAUCACGCAAGCCUACGAGCAGACCUUCGAGCGGACGACCUACAUCGUGCCGGCGUCUUCCACGGAGAAUGACAGCGAGAUUUAUCGAGCGCCAACAAAGCCGGAGAAUCUCACCUCUCGCGGUAUCACCGGGACGACCAUCGAGCUCUCGUGGUCGGAGCCCGAGAACGCCAAUGGUGUCAUCGCUGGCUAUCGCGUUUACUAUAUGCAUUCCAACUAUACGGACGUGAAGAUGCACAUACCCGACAAGUCUACAGAUUCCGACGACACGAACAUCGACUUCGUCCUGAAGGAACUGAAACCGAACACCGAAUACAAGAUUUGGGUGAAGGCUUACACACGGAAAAACGAGGGCGAGCCUUCGGACCAGAUAAUUCGCAAGACCGACAUAACAGGACCGAGCGCUCCUCUGAUCUUAAAUUUAACUUGCCAAUCUCACGAGUCCAUCUACGUCCAUUGGGCCAGGCCGGCCCUGUUCUGGGGCUCGAUCGACUACUACUACAUCAAUUACCGGCGGGAAAAUGGCCGAUAUUACGAGGAAAUCGAGCUGUCAGCCGAGAAAAAUCAUCUCGAGAGCGGGACAGUUAUUCCCAACCUGACGAUGAACACCGUGUACGAGGUUGUGGUGCAAGGGGCUACCAAGAGCACAGUGGACAGUCACCUGAUCAUUAAGGGCGAAAGCUCUAUACCGGCGAAGGUGUUGGUCACCCGCGACUGCGACAAGAUACCCCCUUUGAUGCGUCGCAGCAGUAAAGAUCUCAGCGCCGGAGUGAUCGCCGGAAUGGUCUGCGCCUGUAUCGCCGUGAUGCUGGCGAUUACGUCCUUCGUAUUGUGGAAGCCGAUUUUUAGGAAAUGCUUCCACACCGCCUACUACUAUCUGGACUACCCGCCGCGAAACGUUCCCACUCUUCAAGAAUGGGAAAAUAGCGAGCAGGACGGCGAGAGGACCGCCGUGGCCGUCCAGCAGUUCGUCCAGCACGUCGCGAGCCUCCAUGCCGACGGGGACAUUGGUUUCAGCAAGGAGUACGAGCUGAUACAGUCGGAAACGGGCGAUUACACGGUGGAGAAUUCCCAGUUCGCCGAGAACAAGGCCAAGAACAGAUACCUCAACAUACUCGCGUACGACCAUACCCGUGUGCAAUUGCUGUCCUGCGGCGGCGGGCCCCCUAAAAAGGGUCAGGAUUACGUCAACGCGAAUUACAUCGAUGGCUGGCAAAGGGCGCGAGCUUACAUCGGCACCCAGGGCCCACUUCCCCCGACGUUCGACGGCUUCUGGCGGAUGGUCUGGGAGCAGCGCGUGUCGAUAGUCGUCAUGAUUACUAAUCUGGUCGAACGUGGUCGUCGGAAAUGUGAUAUGUACUGGCCCAAGGAGGGUAGUGAAACCUACGGGUAUAUUCAAGUAACUUUAGUGAGGGAAGACAUCAUGGCUACCUAUACCAUCCGUACCCUUCAAAUCCGACACUUGAAGAUCAAGAAGAAGAAAAACGGGACCAAUGUAGGCGAGCGUACUAUAUGGCAGUAUCACUAUACCGGCUGGCCCGAUCAUGGUGUGCCCGAUCAUCCGUUGCCCGUACUCAGCUUCAUCCGGAAAUCGUCCAACGCCAAUCCGCCCGAUGCCGGGCCCAUCGUGGUCCAUUGCAGCGCCGGCGUCGGGCGAACCGGCACGUACAUCGUGAUCGACGCGAUGCUGAAGCAAGCCAAGAGCAAGAACGAAAUCAACGUGUUCGGCUUCCUCAAGCACAUCCGCACCCAGAGGAAUUUCCUGGUACAGACGGAGGAGCAGUACAUCUUUAUCCACGAUGCGCUGCAGGAGGCGAUAGAGAGCGGCGAGACGAAUAUCGAUGCUAAUAAUUUAAUGCAGCACGUCCAAGACAUGUUGUGUCCAUCGAACAACAAGACUGACGCGUGGAACAACAUCGAAGCUCAAUAUAAGCUGGUUACCUCGUGGAAGCCCAAGGACUUCAAUCUCGUGUCCGCCACCAAAGCCUGCAACGUCCACAAGAACCGCAACAUGGACAUCAUCCCCAUCGAGAACGCGCGCGUCCACCUGACACCGAAACCUGGCAUCGACGGCAGCGACUACAUCAACGCCACUUGGGUUUCAGGUUUCCAACGCAACCGUGAAUUCAUCAUAACGCAGCACCCGAUGGAGAAUACCAUAAUGGAGUUUUGGCAGAUGAUGUGGGACCAUAAUGCACAGACCAUCGUCAUGCUGACUCAAUGCAAUGAGGAGUACCCGGAGUUUUGGCCCAUCGAGGGGAAAGAUCUCGAAUCGGAGACGUUCCGCGUGCGACUGUGCGGAACGAAGGAGACUGUGAACGGGACUAUCCUGCUCGAGGUCGCGGUUCGGUCGUUGCAGGACGACUACGAGCUGAGCGCGAGGAUCGUCCAAGCGCCGUCGAAUCAAAGCGGACUGUGGCCACAUAACAACAAUCCGAAGACCUUCGUCAACAUCAUCCAAGACUUUCAUCGGGAUUAUCAAAACGGUCCUAUCGUCGUGAUGGACAGGUAUGGCGGAGUCGAGGCGGCACUCUUCGUUCUGUUGACCACCCUGAACAAGCAACUGGAAUUCGAGCAAACCGCCGACAUUUACAUGUUCGCGAAGCUGCUCUACAUGAAGAGACCUGGCGUUUUCCGCUCGAAGGAGGACUAUGUGCUGCUAUACCAGUGUUUGGAGUCCAUGCUGUCGACGAAAGGCCGCGCUGAGCCCGAUCUGUACGCCAUGGCCAACGGACACGUCGCCACGCUCAAUGACCCGAACGAGAUCAGGUCGGCUUCAUCGAUUCAACAUAUGCCGCUAGAUUAUCCAUCCAAGUCAUCUGUCAUUUGCGAGUACGCCACGGUAGAAGUCAGUUCCGAAUACCUGCCCGACUACACCAUUUCCAUACGCGUGGAUCACCCGCUCGAAUCAUCCAGCAGCCGUGGGAGCGAAACUUGCCUCUCCUCCCACGGCAGCAACGAUCAUGUAGUGCCGGAGAAAAGCAUGGUGGUGUCGCAGAGAAACAUUAGUUAUCAUAAUCAUCCACCCGGGGUGUCUGUAAUGGUCGAUGCUAACGGUUAUAUCACAAAUGGCAGCAUGCGCGUACCUACCGACAGUAUGGAGCCCAGCUGCAAGAUGAUGCCGCAAUGAUGCCGGCCUAUCUUCGGUUGCAGCGCACCCACGCGAAGGUCGGACCCGCUGUAAUCGAGCUUCCGGUCGCUGGAAGUUUAAUCUCGACCUGGUAAGUUGUCACUGACGCCUAGGCGCGCGCGCGCGCGCGCUCGCGCACUCCUCAUCCGUGGGGAGAGGAGUCGCCCCGUGAAGGUAAAUACGCGAGUUUAGUCUAGUAAGAAGCGGAAAACACAGGGAAAAGCCAUACAUAUGUGUCUGUGUUCUCCGUGCAGACUGAUCCUCGCACGUCGCGCAGGAGGUGAUAGUCCGUAUCCAGGAUGAGCUGAAGGAUCUUCGAGCGGAUCUUAGUGUACAUAGGGCUACGUGAACCGUUAAACCGGGCGGCAGAGAGAGAGAGAGAGAGA